AUGUCCUGCCUUUUCUACCACGCCAACGACGAGAAUGUCUACGUACUCAAUGGCUCCGCUGAUCAAAUCGGCAGUAUCCCAUUGACUCAUGUCCUCGCUGUGACUACGCUCGGCGCAGCGGCUGGAUGGGUAAAUACGGUUGAGAGGUUUGGGAGUGGGAAAUUGACGAUGGAGCGGAUUCUGAGGGCUGCGAUUGAGUUGUGUGAAGAGGGGUUCACGGUUAGUGAGGUUUCGGCGCGAUUGGGUUCGAAAUGUCAUCUAACAAAUGGCAAAGAAGGGUUCUACAACGGCCCGAUUGUGCACCCUAUAGUCGAAGCAGUACACGAGCGAGGCGGGUUACUUUCCGUCGGGGAUCUGGCGUUACAUGUCGAGAAGGGUAGUACAACACCUGAUCCCAUCUGCAUCCGCUUCAAUGACAUGGUCGACGUAUGGGAGCAUCCGCCCAAUGGUCAGAGAAUCGUCGCGCUCAUGGCUCUUGUUCUGUUGAAGGAAAUCGAGAGAACGAACCAGAUUACUUGCAUUUCGAGUCUGAGACACAUUUCAGCAGAGUACAUCCACGCUCUUGCUCUUAUUAAGGUGUUUCGCAUCGCCUUCUCGGAUGCAUGA